AUGGUCAACAGGCGUAGCAGUCGCAUCAUUGGAGCUUUCCGCUCCAACUCCCACCAAUCCAGAAAUCUGUCUGCAAAUCAAAGACGCCCGAUAUUGGUACGGGAAGAGUUCCCCCGAGGAAAUGUGAGGCAUGCUCUCCGACAGAGGAACUUCCAGGAGUCAUCACCUCUAACUGAAGCCAUUAUUCAACACCCCAUUCCGGUCGGAUUCAAAGUGCCAAACGUCGAGUCCUACGACGGGACGACCGAGCCGUAUGAGCAUAUCGACUACUACAGAACCAUCAUGCAUAUUCAACGAGCGUCAGACGCACUCCUUUGCCAGUUUGUGGCUAAUCGAAGAAUUGCUAAGGAUUCUUCGCACCUCUCCAGAAUCCGCCAAAAUGAGUUAGAAUCAUUGAAGGAUUAUUUUCAGCGGUUUUCCACCGAGGCUCGACAGAUUCCAGGAGUAGACCCUGAAUUACUCAGAGGAGUCUUCCUUGGAGGCCUUCGUCCUGGCCCCUUCUAUGCGGCCCUUAUGCGAGACACCAUCCAUUCAUACGCUGACUUGAUCCAUCGCGUAGAGGCGCAAAUCUCUGCAGAUGAGGCUAUAAAUGCUCACGUGAAGCAGUUUGAGCAAAUCAAUGGGAAGCGCAAAGGUGUAUCUGGGAUGGGCAAUUCUUUCUCACAGCAGAAAAAGCAAGGGAAGAAUAAUCUACCUCAUAGGUCUCCAUCACCGCGAUGGGAACCUCGACAGGAGGAGUAUACACCACUUAACAUAUCUCGAGCAAAUGUGUUGAUGGUUGUUCGAAAUCAAGAUACAUUGAAAUGGCUGAAUCCUUUGAAGUCGAACACAGGAAAUGCAGAUCAGUACUGUCACUUUCAUCGAAGUCGUGGUCACACCACCGAAGCCUGUAAGCAACUCAAGGAUGAGAUUGAAAGACUUAUCUGCUAG